AUGUCCAACAAUAAUAAUUUUGCCUUUGUGAACACGACGCCAAGUGGAUUUGGGCCUCCUCUUCAGGCACGUCCUAUGCAACCACUAAUUCCAAAUGGAUCUUACUCUCCAAAUGUAAACAGCAACCAACAACAACAACAACAACAACAACGGUAUGCUCCUCCACAACAGCCAUUUGUGCAUUCGCCUGCAAUGCAAGGGCGUCUACCAUAUCCACAACCAUACCAACAGAUCAAUCGAAGACCAUCCGAAAAUACUCAGGGGUUAUUCUCAACUUAUCCAGCUCGUCUGAAGAAUUCUGAUGAUAAUGCUCUCUUAUUACCAUCUACAUACCUGAGCAACAAACGACAACGAUUCGCAGGUGAAUCGGAUGAUGACUUUGAUGAGAUGAUGGAUGAUUCUGAUGAGAGAGAUACUCCAUCGUCUGGCAUGAGAACACGUUCUGCAGCCGUGGGUUCACUUCCAGCUACACCCGCUCAAUCUGGAGCUACCACAUCAGAUUUAAAAAGAGUGAUACGUAAAAAAAACCAUAUUUAUCCGAGUGAACCUGAAAUGGAGAGAGCUUCAGGGAUGGAAGAGGUUCUUGUACCUAUCCGCCUUGACAUUGACUUGGAUGACAUUAAACUUAGAGAUGCAUUUUUAUGGAAUAUGAAUGAACAAUUCUUGACGCCCGAGAAAUUUGCAGAGAUCUUAUGUGAGGAUUUGGAGCUUCCAACAGUCAAGUUUGUUCCACCUAUCGCAGAGUCAAUACGAUCUCAAGUGCUGGAUUUUGAAGCUAUUCACGAGAUCGAGCUCCCAUCAGAAAAUAUUCGAGUGGUUAUCAAUCUUGAUUUACAGAUAGGCAAAGUGAAUUUGCGUGAUCGUUUUGAGUGGGAUUUGGAUAACACGAUAUCAAAUGCACCCGAAGUAUUCAGUCGACAACUUGCAUCUGAGCUAGGUGUUGGAGGAGAGUAUGUGUCAAUUAUUGCUCAUGCUAUCCGUGAGCAGCUUUACCGACACAAAAAGCAACUGGUUGAUGAAUAUGGAUUUGAUGGUGAAAUUGCAGAGCCUCUUUCUUCAGGAUUCCGGACUGUGGAGGAUGCUGGAGUGUGGACUCCUCAAAUGGAGAUGCUCUCCAAUGAUGAAUUGGAAAAACUUUUGAUCGCUCAAGAGCGCAACAUUCGACGAUUGCGUAGAGAAACACGAUUCAAGAGAUCAAGACGACGUACGUCAGCUACACCUUCGCGUCGAAUGGGAGCCAACAAUGCAGAUACACCUUCCUGAGUCUAAAACAGCCUCAUAUUGUUGUUUCCCUCUUUGAUUUGUAUAUACACAACUACAGCACAUUUAUCUUUUUUUUAUAUAUUUAACCGUCCAAGCAAAAUAAAAUACAGUCCUUUUCUCCG